CAUGUCCAGAUAAGGAUGUCUUAGCAAUAGGAUUGGGGCCUCCACAUUAGCAUCUCUUCUCUUGGUCCCCUUAGGGAACUGUCUUUCAUCAGAGUCAUCUACAAGCAUGCCCCCUCUGCAUCUGAGGCAGGACAGUCUGGGCUGCAGAAGGGCUGGUUCAGCCAGGAGCAGGGAGCAAGGGUCUCCCAUCUUGGGCAUUUACUGAGUGCUGGGCAAGUGGAUUUGAGGGACCAGUGGAAUAACCCCAAGUAGAGUAACUGUAUGUCACAUUAUGGAAUGUUCUGAGUAGGUAGCCACUUUUCCCAAAGAUAUUUUUCUCCUUUUAUUAUUCCAUUGUAUAGGUUUAAACUGGGGUUUCUUUUUUUCCUCUCUAAGUGGCACUCUUCUGUUUGCUGACUCCUAAUUUCUUUGACUGGGUUAUAUGGCUGUGGAUUGGCAAAAAGCUAUGCCAUCAGCCUUCCAUCGUCAAAAGCAGUCUCUUCUUUUUUGACAGUUGAAGAAGCAAGUGUAGGAAAUGCGGAGGGAGCGCUCAUGAAGGUAUUACAGGCUCGGAAGAAGCACACGAGCACCGAGCUGACCAUUGAGCCAGAGGUAUCCGCAAAUAAAAAUGGCGUCGGCUUGUCAGGCUUCACGAGUGACCAGAUGGACUUCAAUGAUGAAAGCGAUGUCAUUAGUGCACUUAAUUACAUAUUGCCUUAUUUCUCAGAGGGAAAUCUAGAAGAUGUAGAAUCAACAUUAUUACCAUUCAUUAAACUGCUUUUCUCAAAUGUGCAGGAAGGAGAGAAGCCCCUAAGUCAUAUGAAAAACAAUACAAAGGCUCAGCCUCUUGAACCUGGACCCAGCAAUUCAGCUUACAAAAAUAAACUGAGGAAGCUCUAUUUCCUGGAAAAUUUCUUAGAUGCAGAAAUUCAAGAAAAAAUCGAUGAGGUUAAAAAGAAAGAAAAAACUGCCAUGCUUAUGCAGUCUGGCCUUUUAGGUCCCAAACUUAAACGCCGAAUCUUUCCCCAAAAAGUGGCAACUGCUGAAUCACAGGAAAAUAGCCUGACAGAGAGUGAGAGUGGAGACAGGGGGCUGAAGAAAGUGACGCUAUUCCUCAAAGGGCCCAAGCGCCUACGGAGAAAGCUCUUACAGGAGGCAAGAAUCAAGAGGAAACAGGGUACCUGGCCGACAGCGAAGAAAGUGGCCGAAGAAAGAACGCUUGGGAAACCAAUCCCGAGUGAAAUGACACAGUUUGACGUGGUGCAGAGGCCUCGGAAGUUUGUGGGAAGCUCCUUCCACACCGAGCCUUCCUUCACGCAGACGCACAAGGCUGCGGUCUCUUCUUUCUUCAAACAGUAUAUUGGCAUGCCUUCUACUUCUGCCACCUCAAAAUCCCUACCUGAGGUUAAAAAACAAUCAAAAGACAUGAGCGACACCAUUUUUGUUUUAGAAGAUGCAAAUGCUAGAGUUAAAAGUAUGGAAGCUGGUAAACCAAUUGUACAUUCUAGAAGAAAAUACCGCUUUCAUAAACCUCAUUCCCAUGUGGCCCACAGAACACCUGCGGCCAAACUAAGUCAAAAGUUUAGAAAAGAAACAGUGUUCCAUGGACAGAUGCCUGUAAAGCGGCCUCCAUUCUCUGCAGUAAGGAGCCUUAUAAAUUCCCCGUCACAUGGGGUUUUUCCACCUUCAGAAGAGCUGAGUCCUCAGGAGAAUCCUUUUCCAGAAUCACUUGCUCCUUCAGAAUCUGUUACAGAAAUCACUACUGUAUCCCCUCUAGGAAAUGGUAUUGAAGAAAACAGUUUUAUGGAAAACACUGCUAUACCUGAAGAAACUAUGUCUGAAAGUACAAAUGAUAAGAAUCCUUCCGCUAUAGAUUCCACUGGGACUGCGUUCUUAAUACCGACUGUUAAACAAAUCAGUGAAACUCUGUGGGAAUACCACAACACGGGCACUGACUUACCCAACAUGGAAAAAAGCUUCACUUACCCAUUGCUCGCGUCCCCGGGUGAUCAAUUUGAAAUGCAGCUAAACCAGCAGCUCCGAUCCCUCAUCCCCAACAACGACGUGAGAAGGCUCAUUUCUCACGUUAUCCGGACUUUGAAAAUGGACUGCUCUGAGACCCAUGUGCAACUGGCCUGUGCCAAGCUCAUCUCUAGAACAGGUCUCCUGAUGAAGCUUCUGAGUGAGCAGCAAGAAGUAAAAGUAUCCAAGGCAGAAUGGGAUACGGAUCAGUGGAAGAGUGAGAACUACAUCAAGGAGAGCACAGAAGCCCAGGCUGAACAGAAAGAGCAGGAGUCAAGUGAGCUCACUAAAGGAGUUCCAGGAUAUGGCUAUAACAACAAACUCAUCUUGGCAAUAUCUGUGACUGUAAUAGUGAUGAUUUUGAUUAUAAUUUUCUGUCUUAUUGAGAUUUAUUCUCAUAGAAGAGCAGCAAGGACAGAUGUAGAAUCAGGCUCAGUCCCAAGGAGGGGCUUUUUUGACUUUCUGCAUAGGAGAUGCUCAUCGCAGAGUGAAAGCCAGGAGGGCUUUUUCUGGUUAAGGUGUCCACUUUGGCUUAGGGAUAUGUACAGACCUCUCAAUGCCACACGCAAGAAAAACAUGGCCCAGAAGCUUCACGACAAGGAGUCUUCUGAUGAGGAAGAGAUUUACAAGAGGGAUGCAGGGGAGCGCAUAUCAACAGCAACACCUGUGGAUUCGGCUGCUGAAGGUGGUGAGGAAAGUGAGACCGCGCCAGAAGGGGAGGACGAAGAGUGAUCCAGCCUGCCUAAGGCCACCUGCAAACUGUACUUUCUAAUGUUGGCAUCUCGGCAUUGCUUGUAAGAUACUUAUUAUUCACACACAAAAAAUGUAUACAGUCUAUUGUCAAUUCCAGCCAGCUGGUAAGAAACUUAAAUGUUAAUAGUUAAAUAUUUAUACACGCAAAACAAGGGCCAGAGUAAAGAAAAGCAGGACUGAAGCCAGAGACUGUCAAGCUGGCCAACACCUCCACAAGCGGCAUUGUGGGCAGAGGACGCACGGGGGCUCCCCCACCUCAUUUCCCAGUCUAGUCAGUCUCCGGGAAGCUGAAAAUACAUCAUCCUGGAGAGAGGGAGCCAAUUUCUAAAUCAAAUACAGUUGUUCUGGGGCUCUCUCCCCUUGUCCAUUAAGAACCAGUCCUUUACAACAUACUUGACCUCUUGCCCUGAGGGGACCUUCCACCUGCUGCCACCUCUCAGAGGGUGGGUGGGGUUGCCAGAAAUGUUUGGAUCACUAAGCCGACCUGCACUGUUGCAUCAAGUCCUCUGUUUUCUCCCAUGCUCCCAAAUUCAUGCGUGAAUGUGUGUCCUUUACCCUUUAAAUCUGGUGGAAAAUUCAAAAAUUUUUUUUUGUUGGUUUUUUCUUUUUAAAAAUCUCAACCCUUGGAUAGCUACUAGGCCAAUUCACUGUCCCUCAGAUGGUUGGAGGGCCAGACUAUAGUUUAAAAAAAAAAAAAAAAAACUUAACAAAUUCCUAUGCACACUGCACAUACCUUAUUUUGAAGUACAAAAACAAAACGGGGACAAAUACAAUCACACCGCUUCUUGUGGCCCGCGGGCCGCAAUUUGAGGAUGCCUGGUCUAGGGAGAUAGAGAAGUAGAACCCAUGCUUGCCAGUGAAGAGUCAACAAUGACAAUAAUACUGGGGAUGAUGGCUGCUACGGUUUAUUAGGCACCAGCUUGGGCCAGCAUAAUACGAAGCUCUUUAGUUACACUGUUAAGUCACAAGGACCAAAACGCCACAUGCCAGCUCAAACUCUGCAAGGGCGUGGGGUGUUAUGAGUGUUGGACAUAAACAGGAAGCUAACAGUAAACCAAGACUAGAGAUCUUGUACUGCUGGGCCUCCCAGACUCUGGGCCAGGAUUCCAGGCAAAUCCAGGUUCCUAUUUUGUCACAAUUACAUUAUUUCCAAUUGGGUACACAAAGUGAGACUUACGUAAAACACUAUCUCAACUUUGUACAAUACUUGUUAACCUCAAAUGCUACCGUACUGUACUUCUAUUUUUUGUUUUAGAGAUAGAGUCUCACUUUGUCACCCUUGGUAGAGUACCAUGGCAUCACAGCUCACAGCAACCUCCAGGUCUUGGGCUUAGGCGAUUCUCUGGCCUCAGCCUGCCGAGUAGCUGGGACUAUAGGCACCCGCCACAAUGCCCGGCUGUUUUUUGCAGUUUGGCUGGGGCCGGGUUCAAACCCUCCACCCUCGGUAUAUGGGGCUGGCGCACCCCCUACUGUACUUCUAAAUUAAAACUCCCCAAAGUGAGAUUCUACUUUGCCCAGCUCUUCAGUGAGACCUGAGAGGUAGAGAGAGGGGGACACAAGGCCAACAGCUACUAAAUGAAUGAAAAUCCUCACUGAUUCCUAUGAAAACUGUCAGAGAAAUGAGAAAUUUUAUAACAGAUGAAGAAAUGAGGCAAUAUAUGAUUAGAGCAAAAAUAAUACGGAAAAGAAAUGUAGCGGUUCGGAAGAAAGAAGGUUACAUGGCCUAGGGAAAAUCCUUGAAGAAAAUGGAAUUUUGCUGGAGGAUCCGUCUUUAGGUAGUUCACUCACUCACACACUGUAGGUAGUUCACUCACUCACACACUGGUGAGUUCUCGGAGGCUUCAGUUCCUCCAACGGGCCUGUGCACACGCUAUUUGAUUGAAGGUUCUCAUGACUUGAUGGUGGGCCUCCUCCAGAGUGAGUGGUCUAAGAGACAGAGACAGAGCCAGGCAGAAGUUAACCUUUUCAUGACCUAGCCUCAGAAGACCUCUGCCACAUAACAUGAAUAGAGGUCAGUCCCUAAAUGCGGCCCACAUUCAAGGGGAGGGAAUUUAGACUUCACCUUUCGGAGAAAGAAGAAUCAAAGAGCUUGUGGACUAUAUUAAAACUACUUGCAUAUACAAAAAAGCAAAAAAAAAAAAAAAGAAUGGAAGAGAAAGUAUCCAAUGUACUCAGCCCUACUAUGAAACUAAUUUAUGGCUUUCACAUGAAAGCUAUAACCCAGUUAUAACCUAAGAAUGGGGGAAAGGGAGGGGAGGGAGGGGGAGGUGGG